UCAGCAGUGAGUGAACCUCCCUAGCCCAACUUUCAUUUCUGUCUCUUUCGUUUCGCCGCUCCUCGCUCUGGUCCUCUCAGGUCCGCCGGGAUUCCCCUGGCUGGGUGAGUGGGUCUCGUCACCUGAAAAUGAGCAAAUCAGCAAAACAAAAAAAGAUUAUGCGGUCAGAGGAGGAAAAAAAUGCUUCUUAUUUUUGGUCACAUGUCUUAAGAGCUCAGAGCAAUCAUCUUGUAGUUUUGAAGCUUCCCGAGAGACAAGUUUCUUAUUUUAGAGAAAAUCUGACUAGAGAAAGGUGAGCAACAGGAAUGUGUACCAAGAACUUCUCACAGAAUUGGGACUAUGCCUGUUAUCGCCCAAAGUGUGAAGAGGGCAGGCAAGGCUGAGGGAAGGACCAAUGAGGAGAGACUACCUACAUUUGCCAAGGUAUAAAAUGCACAAGCAGGUUCAAGAGGAUCUCUGUAGCCGUCUCAGCAAUACAGAACAUUUCUUUCCCUGGCCCUCUCCAUUUGGCUCCAUGGCCUCGCAGUUCAGUCCUGCUUUCCUCCAGGAGCAUAAGGAACUCCAGCUGCAGAGACAUAUGGAAGGACCAUUUCUUCAAAAAUGAGCAUCACGCAUGAGGAGGUUUUUUUUUCUAAUAGUAACUCUGAGGCCUGGGGCUGACAAGAUGGGCUUAGAGAACCUCUUGCCUCCUCAGCAGCUCCGGCUCAUUGUGAUUGGGCUUUCUCUGCUGUCUUUGGCAGAGACAUACGGGUUCAGUAAAUGUACACAGUAUGAAUUGGACAUUCACCAUGUGUUCUGCAUUCGGAGGAAAAUCACCAACUUGACAGAUGCCAUUUGUGACAUCCCUGGAUACACUACUCACCUCAACCUGACACAAAACCAAAUUCAGAUCCUUCCUUCCUAUUGCUUCACUAAUUUGUCUGCUCUGGUGGACUUGCGACUGGAGUGGAAUUCCAUUUGGAAGAUUGAGGAGAGGGCCUUUUGGGGACUUGAAAAUCUGACCUAUUUGAACUUAGUAGAAAAUAAGAUUCAAAGUGUGAACAACUUUUUUGAGGGCCUGUCUAACCUGGAGACUUUGCUCCUGAGCCAUAAUCGAAUUACCCAUAUUCACAAAAAUGCCUUUGUCCCUCUUGUCAAAUUGAAACAUUUAAGCUUAUCUAGAAACUCCAUUACCAAUUUUUCUAAUAUUCUUGAAGCUGUCCAGCAUCUUUGCCACCUGGAACACCUUGAUCUUACUAACAAUAGCAUUGUUUCCUUGGACCACAGCCCCAGGUCAUUGGUCUCUCUGACCCUGUUGAGCCUGCAGGGGAACAAACUAAAGGAGUUAAAUUUCUCUGCUUUGUCACUGCCUAAUCUGACCACUCUGGAUGUCUCUCAGAAUAGCAAUGGAGUCAUCCAGCCUAGAGUCAUUCAGAAUGUGGCUCUGGAAACUCUGCCCCAACUGAAGAGAUUGAAUUUGAGUGGAACAUUGGUGAAACUAGAGAAUCUUCCAGCCAAACAUCUACAGAAUCUAAGGGAAAUGGACCUUAGUAACCGAGAUUUUAGACGUGUUCAUCUAAAUUUGAGCACAGUAUGUCACCUCCUCAGAAACUUGCCCUUAUUAGAGGUUUUGGUUUUUAGGAAAAAAGGCACCGACGCAGGGGGCAUAAAGUACCUUGCCAACUGUACCAAGCUUUUGUCCCUUGACCUGAGCCAAAACGAUGAUCUGGUUCACCUCAAUGACAGUGAGUUUGAUGCUAUGCCCAGCCUCCAAAGGCUGAAUUUAAAUAAGUGCCAACUUUCUUUUAUCAGCAACAGGACCUGGAUUGCCCUCCAGAACUUGACAGCUCUAGACCUCAGGCACAACAAAUUUAACAGAUUUCCAGAUUUUGCGUUUUCACCCUUGAAACACCUACAAUCUCUCUUUCUCUCUAAAAAUCCCAUUACAGAACUCAAUAAUAUGUCCUUCUAUGGACUGUAUUCAUUAAAGGAGCUCAACUUGGCUGGGUGCUGGAUAGUGAAAAUUGACAGAUACUCCUUUGCUCAACUUCCAAAUUUAGAGAGUUUAGACCUUGGAGGCAAUAAUAUUCGAACUCUGAAGACCAGAACUUUUCAGUUUCUGAAGAAACUCCAAGUUCUGAUUCUCUCCAAGAACCGCCUGACUGUUAUAGAGAAGAAUGCAUUUUCUGGCCUUACUUACCUCUGUAAACUUGACCUGGCAUACAAUAUCUUAUCAAGUUUUCAGGUAGGCCUUUUUUUGGGCCUUGAAAAUCUAGAAGUUUUGAAUCUCAGUUUUAAUAAAAUUACGUAUGAAACCACUAGGACCUUGAAAUAUCCUCCAUUUAUGAACUUCAAGUCUUUGAAACAACUCAACCUAGAAGGACAAAUGCAUGGGAUUCAAGUUGUUCCAACCAACUUCUUCCAAGGGCUGGAUAGCUUGCAGGAGCUACUCUUGGGAAAAAAUUCCAUGGUAUUCUUGGACCACCUCCAAUUGGACUCCUUGACUAAUCUCACAAAGUUGGAUAUCUCAGGAACAAAAUCUGGAGACCGAAGUCUCUAUUUAAAUAUUUCCUUAUUCAAAAAACUCAAAAGACUAAAAAUGCUGCGCCUGGAAAACAACAACAUGGAGUCACUGACUCCUGGCAUGUUUUCUGGCUUAGAAAGCCUUCAGGUCUUCUCUUUAAGAUUCAACAACCUAAAAGUUGUUAAUCAAAGUCAUCUGGAGAAUCUGAAGUCUCUGAUGUACUUUGAUCUCUAUGGGAACAAACUUCAGUGCAAUUGUGACAAUGUGUGGCUCAAGAACUGGUCAAUAAACACAGCAAAUGUCCAUAUUCCUUACCUCCGGAGCUAUCCUUGUCAGCAGCCAAAUCCCCAGAGUUUGUUGAUAGAUUUUGAUGAUGCUAUGUGUAAUUUUGACCUGGGAAAGGUUUACUUCUUCUGUUCAUUCAGUCUGGUCCUCACAACUAUGGUCUUCUCUUGGUUCAGUGCCAAGAUGACUGCAUCUCUAUGGUAUGGGCUCUACAUAUUUCGAGCCUGGUACAUGGCCAAGUGGCAUAAAACAGAGAAGGAGUUCAUCUAUGAUGCCUUUGUCUCUUUCACUACCACUGAUGAGCAGUGGGUAUAUGAAGAGCUUGUUCCAGCCCUAGAAGAAGGUGGUCAGCCUACCUUUAAGCUCUGUCUUCACCAUCGGGACUUUGAACCAGGUGUAGACAUCUUUGAGAACAUUCAGAAUGCCAUCAACACCAGCCGGAAAACUUUGUGUGUGGUCAGUAAUCACUACCUGCACAGUGAAUGGUGCCAGCUUGAAGUACAGCUGGCCAGCAUCAAGAUGUUCUAUGAGCAUGAGGAUGUUAUCAUCUUGAUCUUCCUGGAAGAGAUCCCAAACUACAAGUUAUCCAGUUACCACCGACUCAGGAAACUUGUUAAUAAGCAGACAUUUAUCACCUGGCCAGACAGUGCCCAUGAGAGGCCACUCUUCUGGGCUCGUGUUAGAAAUGCAUUGGGCAACAAAUCUGUAGAGAGAGACAAUGCACAGCUAAUUGUGGUCCAAUGACUAGAAGGUUUUUUUUUACCUCAAAUUCAAUGUUGCUCAAGGUGUGUAUCAGCUAAGAUUGUGACUGAACUUACUUGCUCUGCAGGUAAAAGGACAUG